UAUGGGGAAGUCGGUCAUACAUGUGGAGCCUAUCAUAAUAUGUGAAUACUUCGUAGACCUCGCAAAAUGCGUGAGGAAGUGAUUCGUGAGGAGCAGGCCGGGUUUCGUUCAGGUCAUGGUUCUAUCUACCAAGAAAUAUGCGUCUGGUUACUGUGCUACUGAUAUGGCGGUACCACGACACGCGACCUAUGCUACGAAGGCAAUGGUGGUCAAACACCAGAAGCCUUUUCAUGCCCUCUGCCUUUAGUAACCAUUUUUUACACCCACAUAGGUGGACAGAGUGAACUGAAGCGCAGAAGACUCGACCUUUAGUAGGCAGUUGGAAAUCACGUUAACACCAUAAACGGGGUACGUUGUUAAAAUUCAACCGAAUCUUUAUUUUAUGCAUGCAGAGAUCCCGUUUGCCACUGACCCACCGGGGUUGAGCCGUUUUCGUCCAUUCUGCCUUGUCCUCUUUUGACUACUUUCUACCACUUUUGAAUCCUUUCUCAAUUUCACUACCUUGUAUCUCAGAUCGUUCUCACUUUAUGUACUGGUAUGAGGUAGGAAAACUUGGAAAUGUUACUAUUGGCCUUGUUAGGAAUUUGGUUAACGUAGUAACCUUCAUUCAUUGGUCUCUAGGUCUCCCGCAUGUGGUUCACGUUGAUCCAAGUAUCAAAUCAUUUGGUAUCCAGUCAUACUGUAAAUAAAAAGUGGAGUUAUUCUGUUUUUAUUACUUCACGCAUUUGUUCGCCAGAUCAUCUGUCAUUUGCAUUUGCUGCAUCGCCUUUCUAAGGACUCAUUGAGCGGUUUCAGACGGAUUUUUCGUAUCCAGUUUUCUUGACGGCAAGGUUUCCUCAGCUAGAACUACAAUGACAUCCUCUAAACUAUUUGAACCACUGUCUCCAUUCCACAAUCAGAACACUGAAACAAAAUGUACAUGGGACAAAUCCGGAAAGAAUUAUUGGUUCUCCAUUUUGGCCUCCUUUUAGUGGAGCUGCACCUGGAAUAAACCUUAAAACCAUUCCUUGUUCAACAGAACGUUAUUCGUACAAGUUGGAAGGUCAGUCUUCGAAUCUAAAUGUCUUUCAACCUGACCCAUCAAAGAGGAGCCACCGACAUCAACCAGCCCCACAGUUGUCUCGUAUUUUAAGACCUAGGCGAUUUGUCUGUCGAAAGUGUAAGAAAGCAUUCCAUCUUGAAGAGCAAGGUACAGAACUCUCCUCCACUGUUCUCACCGAUCAGUUAGAUCGUCGAACUUCGGAUUCAUCUGCUCUAAAUUCAGAUAGUGAAGUAAGUCACUGUCUUUUAAAAAGUGAAUUUCCUGAUCAAAAUAUGUUAGCAUUGCUCAAUGGGAAUUCUCAGUCUAUUCGCCAUGUUACUCCUUCAAUCAUCCCUAAACUAAAUGAGGAAAUUGAAGCAACCACGAGUGACUCAUCGAAAGCCCAUAUUGUUUCUAGCACAGAGGUUCAACCAAAACCUAAGAAGCAUUUGCGUUCAGAACAAUCUCCUAAAACUUCAGAAUCGUUAGAAACAAAAUCGACCGUACUGAAAAAACGCAAAGUUGAUGCUGUUCUUGAAAAGCCAAAGUUGAAAAAGAUGAAGCUUAGUUCUCAAAAAUCUACUGAGCAAGUUAAUCUCAGUAGCGCGCCAGCAUCUCUGAUCACGGAUCAAGUAUCUGAUUCUGUUGCACAUUUUUCUACAGAGGGAGCUAAAAAUCCUCCUGUUUCUCCAAACUCGGUCCCUAACCUACCUGUAGGUGAUUCUUUAUCACAGGAACAAAUUCGUAGGAAUCGCAUCAAAGCUCAAUAUGUUUCUGUUGCUUCUCCUUUCCGUUUUCCUUUUGGGAAGAAGUCGAAAAUUUCACACACUCAAGUUAGUGGAAGUUCAGGUUCUGUUAGUGAUAGCAAAAUAAAAAGUGAAGCAAAUUCUAAUCGUAUGCAAUCAGAAAAACCAGCUGUACAUUCAGUAACAUCUCCGAAACCGAAUCUCUCCGGUGUACGACAGAAUUCUCGAUACCGUACUCGGACUCAACUUAACUCAGUUUCUAUCGUUCCUGAACCAUUAGAUCUUCCAGAUCCUGUGAACAGUAUGGAAGAGUGUCCUCAUACAAGUGAAGUUUCACCUCAACCUACUCAAGGUAUUGAUUCCUCUCAAAAGGAAAGCAAUUCUUCUAACUUAAGCCCUCAUAUGUCGAGUUCACAAACAGUUUCAUCAAAGGAGAAGCAUUCAACUUCAGUGCAACUGACUUGCAAGAUAUCAACGUCCGGACACUCAUCUAUUUCCAACAAUACUGGAAUUUCAACCAGUGAUGGUAAUUUCUCUCCCCAAGGGCGUCGUAAAGCUUUUGAUUAUGAGAAACCAAAGAAUAGAUGGAUGCGUGAAGCUCGAGCUAGAAGAGGUCAAGAAGAACGAAGUAAUAGUCUUAUGUCCUCUGCAACAAAUCAUGGUACAGCUUCAUCCAAUAGUACAGAUAUGGAUUACUUCACUGCGACCAAUGUGCAGUCUUCUAGUUUAGGUCGACUUAGAAUAAGGUCGGGUGAUGGACUGAGUGCUACUUCUAAUGAAACUGCGUCAAAAGUCAGCAACAGUGCUUUACCAAAAGCCAAACUUCCUAAUGGGCCUUUAAAUAACCGUAGCACCGAACUAACGGAUUGUUCACAAAUUGAAAAAUAUUCAAACGAUGUUGACCAUGUUUCUGCGUCAAUAUCUCAUGUAUCUCCUUGUUUGCCUUCGUCUACUGAAAACUCUGGUCUUACCCUUCCUGUUUUAAAAAUUAAAAUUAAUCGGAGUCGGCAACCUUCCAGUUGCUCAAAAAGUGCACCAACACAGUAUGAAGUAGUUAAAUUCCAAGCAACGGAUAUACCUUCAGAAACAGCUGUGUCAGCUUCUGAGGUUUCUAAUGAAGAAGCUUGUUCAAUCGCAAAUGCAGAUACUUCAUCUUCUCCGGUCUCAAAGUCAGAUAUUCCUUGUAACGGAGUGUGUUCACCAUCAUCGUCUCCAUCCGUUGAAUCUUCGAAAAAAGGAUUUACUGGCGAUAGUUCAGUAGUAUCAGGUCCUUUAGUGAAGCACUGUAAGUUAACCGAUGGCAGUGUUUUCCGUGUUGGUGAUCUUGUCUGGAGUAAACUUUCAGGUUGGCCCUACUGGCCUGCACAAAUUACUAGUAUACAACGUGUAACUGGUACUGAAACCGACUCAUCAAGUCCUGAACAAGAAAAACUUAAAAUAGAUUCCCAAGAAAAAUUGCCUCCUAUUUCAACAACAGAACAAGGUUGUUAUACUGCAUGCCUUCAUUGGUUUGCUUGGCAUCAGGUUUCUUAUAUGCCAUGUGAUAAGCUAUUUCAUUUUCUCGAGCAUUGUAAGCGGUUUGACAAUAAAAAGAAACGCGGGGUUUUUCGACAAGCAGUUAAUGAAGCAAAACAAGCUUCAGAAAAAAGACAAGAAAUUCAUCCUAGUGACAGUGGAAGUGAAUGGGAGCACGAAGCAGUAGGCGAUACAUGUGGACAACCUGCCAUUGACCAACCUUCCGAAACUUGUAUCACUGACAGUUCUAAACAAUCUCUUGAAAUCUCUCAACCGGAAUCGUCAUUCCUUGUAUCUGAUGCGAACCUUGCCCAAGAAGCGGAUACUAUUACAACAACUACUACAAGGAUGAAUAUAUCUCCUUCUUCCAAAAUAAAAAAAGGUAAACGCAAAGAUAGUCACAGCAAACGAAAAAGUUCAGUAACCUGUACAAUUGUCGAUUCUUUGAAUACAUCUCUGGGUACAGCAACUACAAGCGAGCAAAACCACCAGAAUGUUAUAUCAAAAACACUUAAGUCCCGUACAGUAUCUAGACGUGGAUCAAAACGUCAAGGUCAAAGUAUUAUGUCUAAUAAUUCUGAAGAGGGGAAUUUGUCAUCAAACGAAUAUGAUUCUUUAACAAGCUCUGAGUCUAGCGUUCGCUUAAAGAUAAUCCUUUCAAAGCCUAAAUCGAAAAGUAGACUUAAUCGUACCGAGAUUGUGAGAAAUGAAACGCAGAGUCCUCACAAAAAUGAGGUGCAUAGCUCCUGUUCAGAGAAUUUGGACCUUCUAAUCGCUGAAAACAAUCAACCACAAACUGUCAUAGACUCAUCUACUCAAGCAUUGGAAGAUCCAAAUACUUCUGAACCUAAUCAGAAAUCAAAUUUAUCAACUACUGGUUCACAAGAUAUGGACAGAAGUUUUAGUGCUACACAUUCAGAACUCUUGACGCAAUUUCCACAUGUAUUUCCUGAUCUUAAAGUUUCAGGUAUUCUUUCUGACACUGUCGACAUACCUACAUUUUCUGAGGAUGAAUCUGAAGAGGAAGAUGCUGGUCGUCUGAUAAUUGACCCUGAUGUAAUGGCUUCAGUCAAUGUCCCAUUAUCAACUAAUAAUCAUUACAUAACCGAGAGUUUGAAACAAGAACCAGAUAUUCUUCGAGAGGAUUUGUACAGUCUUUCUUCUACAAGUUUGUCCUACAAUCGGGAGCCACCACCACAACAUACCUUUGGUAAUGUUCAUUCAUACUCGCAAGCUUCUUUAGCCUCUAUUUCAGAUCAUCCAGUACCGAGUUUCGUAACUCCAGUUUACUCGUCGUCUGAUUCAUUUCCACAUCACUCAUAUAAUUCUUCAGCAUAUUCUACUGAAUGCUUGAUAUCCCAAUCAGUUCCAGUUUAUCCACUUCUUACUCAAUCAUCAAUAGCAUCCACUGUUUCAAGAUUAUCAUCCCCUCAUUUGAAAGCAUCAGAUUUAUCUAACUUACCAAUUCCCGACAGAACUUCAUAUUUUCAGUCUAGUCAUCUUAGAGUCCCAUCAACUACAGCUCAAACUGUGCCUUAUAUAACCACUGAAUAUUCCACUUUAUAAUAGUAAGUUAUUUUGCUUUAAUUUCCUUUUUACUAAUCUAAAUUGUUCAUACUUCGGUUAUGGUUAAUGUGAACGUAGGUCUUUCCAAAAACUUGGGACCAAAAUACACUCAUGGAUUAGUUCAUUACACCCUGUAUGAUGAUUCAAUAUGAAAGUAAACCGAAGGGUAGAUUGAUGAUCUGGAUAAAAGUCUGAAAGCUAUGCGUUUACGAUUUUCAAGUUAUAGAAUAAUCAAAUUUCAGACAGAUCGCGUACGUUUAAGUCAUUGACAUCAAUUCUGGUAUUUGUUCGUGAAGCUCAUUGAUUUAGGUAGUUGACUUUCAGCCAAUGGGUCACAGAUUCGAACAUCACUCUACUUACUGAGGUUUGAGUAGCCAGGAAGUAUUAGAUCCGUUCAAAGAUGCAUUUCUGCUUGGGUUGUUUAUUGGUGUCGAAACCACCCCCUAGAAUGACUACAUCUGAAUGUUUCACUUGAUAUAACAGUACUGACAAUUCUUUGUAACACUUCCGAUUUCAUUGGCGCAGGUACAUCCAUACAUCUUCACAAGUUAGAACCCCACCCAACCUACCAUGGUCUAGGCAUCCAGGCAGUAUCAUUAUUUCUCAAACAAUGAGUGUGGUUCAUCGCCUACUCCACAAAUGCACACGUAGUUUCCUAGCUAAUUUCGAAAUCAAAUUCCUCAUCGUAAUCAUCAUACUGAAUUUACCUAUAGUCACACUUCUUGUUCGCUUUACACUACUUUCUGCCACCACUUUGACUACUUCCGCGUUUCUCUGUUUCAUAUUGGUGGGUCCCUACUUUGAUGUGUUGAUAUGAUUCGUGCCAAUCUGAACUGUUACGCCGUAAUGUUAGGUCACAUGUGGAUUCUGACUGACAUAUAUAAGUACUGCUGUAGUGACUUUCAAGUGACAAGUGAAUUUUGGUCAGACACGUAUGGAACGUCUCUAUCUUUCGAUGUUUUCUCGUGGCAGUAAUCAUAUCAUCCCUUGUUGUUUGGUUUUUGGGACUGCCUAAUAUAAUGGAAUGGAAAGAUUUUAUAGUAUUUUGAAAAAAACAUGAAUUACCUGAUUUUCAUCUCUAUGAAUUUUUGGAUAUUAGUCAAUGUGAGUUCUGCUUCGAUUUUUGUCCAUGAUCCUAUAAUUGGCGGUAAACUGAUUAAGGUUACGUGGCUGACCAUCUGUUGCGUGCGUUUGCAAUACUUACCAAACAUACGCGGUUAUGCUAUUGAUGCACAGUUGCCUCAUUAAGUAAUUUCUUUUAUUUAUUUUGUAGGUGAGUUGAACUUUCUUAACACUGAAGAAAGUAUUUUACAAUAGUAGUUUUAUGUAACCGGGUUUUAGCUGAAGUGUAAAUCACUGAGUUUGGCCUACCUGUUAACUGGUUCUCUGGUUGUGUCAUACCUGUUCUACUGAGUAAAACACCUAAGAAUAAGAAUCGUAUGCAUUAGAAUCCCUGCAUAACUUUGUCUUUGGAUAAUGACAACACGUUGGUUCGUGUGCGUCUAUGUCUUUGUUACAGUGGACGUGGGAAACAACAAGACCAUUGCGGAUACAGCUUGAUAGUAAAAGCACUAAGGCUGCUUUCAGUGAAAAACCUGCUCGACAGUUAUCGGGAUAGAACAAUAUCGCUCAUUCAGAAGAACCUUGGUGUCGUCUUCAGGCUGCCGUAAAAACAGCAUUGAAGACUGCAGCCGACUCUUAAAUAGUGGUUAAAAAAAGCCAGUGGGUCUCAAUGGCGUCUUCUGAAUUAACGGAUGCACGCGAACUCAUUUCUGCAGGCUCCAAGUGCAAUGAAGAGCGAACGCAACUCACACGCAAAUCGAAAAAAAGUCUACGCAAUGGCUGCGAACCGUGGUGGGCAGCAAAGACUGAAGAGACGGAAAAGAAAGUGGUGACAGGUAACAUAGGACAGUUAUUUAAACUUAGCCAGGAAAAUGGAGCGAAAAUGUCAAUGGUUAGUGGAACGGUAGAACAGAAGGAUGGGUCUGCGAUUAACUUGCAUGGGGGAUGGCUGGGAUGAAGGGUGGGAUACUUCUAGGAGCAGUUCAAAUAGCCUCCAGCUACUAUCUCACUGCCUAUUAUCCAAUCGGAAUAGAACAUCGAGAUAAGACCCCCAACACUUGCAGAAAUCGGUAAAGCUGUAAACAAUCUGAAACAAGGAGGAGCAGCAGAUCCCGGCAGACUAGCACCAUGGGUAUUUAAGGAUGGUGGUAGAGAAUUACUCGUCAGAUUAACGGGUGCAUGGGAGUUAAAUAUGAUCCCCUCUCACCGGUCUCAAUCACUGAUUGUCUCAGUCUUCGAGGAAGGUGAUAGUUUCGUUUAUGGAGGAAUAAGUCUGACGAAAAUAGUGUCUAAGAUUUUAGAUUCUAUAAUCAUUGGACACCUGAGUGGAGCUCAGGAACAGCAAACGUGAGAAGACCGGAUAGACUUCAAAUCUGUCCGUGUGUGUCGACCAAAUAUUGACACUUCGCUAGGCUGUAGGACACAGGCAGACUUAUCUACGCCUGACACUGGGUGUGUUUCUCGACCUAAUACUGGCGUCCCACUUCGUUGAUCAAGAGGUCUAAUGACAGUGUGUCUCACCAAAAGGAGUGCUGAGUAAGUACACCACUCUGCUGAAGGUUUAUUACACGAACACCUGUGAGCGUGUUAAAACCUGUUGUAAUUUGUCAAGUGAAGUAUGUACUCCAAGUGGUGUCCUUCAAGGGGCUCGCUGUCUCCAUUCCUGUUCAAUUCAGUCACAGACGUACACAUAGAGGUCUCCUUUUUGUAGUGUGAUUUCACAGAGAUUGGUCUUAUCACGGGAGAAUCCUUGGUAGAUCUAGAGUAAGGAGAUAAUGAAGUCCUAUUAGGUAAGGAUGCUGACGUGAUGGAUUGCUCUAAACACGUUGAUUAGAAAAUUAAGAAUGUUCGGGAUGCAUUUCUCAGCACUCAAACACAAUUUGUUGCUCUAAGACUGCCCUGUCUAACAAUAGAGUGUGAAGUGGUUGAACACAUUGACCACUUCAUUUACCUGGGAAGUGAGAUCAGUUCUGGUGGGUCUUUGACGGAUGAAAUCUCUGCACAGAUACAAAAGGCUGAUUUGACUUUUCUCAUUUACGCCAUCUAUGGCACCUCCGUGAUAUCUGAUUGCUCAUUAAGAAUUGAGUGUACUGUGCUGCAAUUUACUCUGUUCUUCUGCAUGGCUAUGAAAAAUGGCCACUAAAAGUGGAGGACAUGAGAAAGCUUCUGGUGUUUGACCAUUGUUUCCUUCGUUGCAUAGGGUGUGUGUCAUGGUGCCCCCACACCACUGGCGUAGUAGGCAGACGCAUAGUUUUAGGUAGAUGAGAGUCAGUUGUUGAGGUUUUGAGUCUUUAUUGCUUCAGAUGACUAGGACAUGUGUUACGCAUGUGUAGUCACUGUAUGCCUCUUCGCGCAGUGUUAUCUAAAGUAGGUUAGAGCAUGACUCAGAAUCGACCUUAGUGGUGUAGAUGUAUCCACACGUUAUCCUCAUCUUAGUCGUUAUACCUGAAUUCAGGAUUUUCUCAUCCCUCGUUUCUCUCUUUUAAUGUUGUCCAUUAAUUUUGGUUGAGUUUUACCUCUUUCUUCAUCUUUUAUGUUACUGCCUUGUUACUUGUUGUGCUGAUAUCAGGUGUGGCAACAUGAACCGUUGUUAAGUAAUGCCUAGUUGUAGGUUGAUAUUGAUUUGAUGGAUAAGUUUUGAAUUGGUCAAAAAGGAUCGAAUUUUCAGAAUAAAAUGAAGUAAUUUUAUUUCACGAAUGUUCCUCAGCCACAUUCAGUAAGGUAACCUAAAAUAAGCAAGUCAAUCAUAUUAAGUUGUGCAUCGAAAUCGUUGCUAAUCUAUGUACAAGAAUUGUGCGGAGGAGUAACACUAGCUAACAAAUUAUCUGACAUCCGAAGAAAUGACAUCUAUACGAUUAAGACCAACUCAGUGAGUUGGAAUCACUUAGUCAGCAAAAUAAAGGUAGUAUUCAUCAUGGACUGACAUCAGUCGAGGAACCAUUGAAAACCUAGGAGUACUGGACAGCUGUUUCGUCCUAGUGUGGGACUCCUCAGUAGCCACGUACCUACGACACAACUUAUGUCAGUCAGUGAUGAAUACUACCUCAAAAUUAAAAUCCCCAUUUAUCUCAAAACCAAAUUACAUAAUUAGCAUGAAACAAGAUCGGUUUACAGUCAUUGUGGAAGUGAGAAACUAACUAUACUCUUUGUCUGUAUUUAACGGUCCAGUUGAAAUCUUUUAUAGCAAUCCAUUUUGCUAGACAAAGUAGUCGACGUAUUUUAUGAACCUUUAAUAUUUUAGAAGCAUCAUAAGUAUAAUCUUGUUCUUGCCUGUCUAUGAGGUGCCUGUCUACUAAUUCCAUCCAUCCAAAUCAACAUAGGACCAGGCAUUGUUGCAUAACGGUUCGAGUUGCCACACCUCAUAUCAGUACAUCAAAUAAAAGGCAGUAAAGUGGAAGAUGAAAUAAAAAUUCAGUC